GACCCGGACCUUUCAUCGGGGUCAAACAGGCAUCAAGACGUUUUCAGGAACCAGUGGAGAGGUGGGAGUAGACAGUUGUUGUUGUUGUCACUUCGGCAGUAUCCACUCCCUGUCUGUCUGACAGUCUGGUCAACGGACCAGCGGAGUGUUUUCUCGGUGUAGGUCGACGUCUCUUCACCGGCGGAUGAAUGGCAAUGACGGCGGUGAGAGCGGUGGCAGCGGGGGGCCCAGCGUCUUUGUCCCGGUUCAGGGGAGCGCUGGUGGCGGCUGUGCUGGGAGACUGUGUCGGCGGAGAGUUUGAAGGAGCGGAGGAGGUUCCUAUGGAGAGUGUGCUGCAGCACCUGAACAGCCUGGACGACGAGACCAAAGGGAAUGGCAUCCUGGAGUACAGUGACGACACAGCAAUGGCACGUUGUGUGGUCCAGUCUCUACUCACCCGUGCCGGCUUUGAUGAGCAGGACAUGGCUCGCAGGUUUGCUAAGGAGUACAGUGCAUCCCCAGGCCGUGGUUAUGGUUCUGGAGUGAUCCAGGUGCUGAAGAAGCUGUCCUCCCCUCAGCUCAGUGACGUGUACCAGCCGGCCAGGGACCAGUUUAAUGGUCGAGGCUCCUUUGGGAACGGGGGAGCCAUGAGGGCGGCCCCCUUCGCACUGGCUUUCCCUGAUAUGGCGAAUGUUAGAAGGUUUGCCCGUCUGGGUGCCAUGCUGACCCACUCCUGCUCUCUGGGUUACAACGGGGCUGUGCUGCAGGCGUUAGCUGUGCACCUCUCCCUGCAGGGGGCGCUAGACCUGCCUCAGCAGUUCAUCAGCAAGCUAAUCACAGAGAUGGAGGAAGUGGAGGGCAACGAGGCAGCACGCAAUGAUGCCAGAAUCCUAAAGGAAGCAGAGAAGCCAUUCUGUGAGCGCCUCCACAGAGUUAGAGACCUGAUGGACAGGAGCAAGGUCAGCAUAGAGGAGGUCAUUUCUGAACUGGGUAACGGCAUAGCGGCGCUCCACUCAGUGCCCACUGCCAUCUUCUGCGUCCUCCACUGCCUGCAGCCCCGGGAAUGCCUUCCAGAGAACUAUGGCGGCGUGGAGAGGACAAUAGCGUACAGCCUGGCCCUGGGAGGGGACACGGACACCAUAGCCUGCAUGGCAGGGGCCAUCGCUGGGGCCCACUAUGGCAUCGAGGUUAUUCCUCAGUCGUGGAUAAGGUGCUGCGAGGGGGCAGAGGACGCAGACAUGAACGCAGAGCGACUUCACAUGCUGUACCACCAGUCAACACAAGAGGGCGGGAGUGGGUCAGGGGAGCAGAGCUGUGCCGAUGCAUCUGAAAGCCAGUCGAACGCUUCUAACGGAACAGAGAGGAAAACUGGAGCUGAGUGAUUCUUCAACUGGAGUUUGACAAAAUGACUCUUGAACACACACACAGACACACACACAAAUUACACACUUAAACUUAAAAAAAACCUUCAUGUUUUUGGACUGUGUUGGUUAACUGGGAACCUGUUAUUAAGGGCAAGUUAUUUCAACACUACGUAUUUUACUUGUCAAAGCAGCUCAUCUUCUUUCCAUGUCUUAUUUGGAUCAGCAGGUAUUGAGAGCCCCAAGCUUGCAAAAAGAAUUACUUAAAAAAA